AUGAGGCCCGGUUAUUUGUUCAUCAUUGCAGGUUCUCUGUUAGGGCAUGCAGCACAAAGUAAGGAGCUCAACUACGCAGACAGCAUCCAUGCUCUGGCAUAUGGCAAUGUUGCUGCCUCCUCUGUUGAUUCCCGCGGUGAUGUCUGGUUGAACAUCACCGGCUUUGCUGUGAAUGAACUCCCAUAUAUACAGGAAGCUGUGGGCAUCACUUCCCUGGACAAUGCACGCGAGCUGCAGGUCAUUGCAGGACUUGUUAGUACAGCAGCAAGUCAGCAACAGUGGGGUGAUGUUGUUUUUCUGUACAACGUCUUUUCCAUGAAUGCUCAUCCGGAGUUCGCCAGCGUUGCGAGCCCGCAAAUGCAGGCUGGUUUGCUGGACGCUGUGAGAGACCGGACCUCCAACGCUGGUCCUGAUGAUCGUUUGAUUGAGCUCUACGCUAGUACAUCGAGCUCCCCGUCCCUAGUUAAGGCAUUUGGAGCCCUCCCUGACCAAUACGCCAAAAGUCAGGUCAAGGUGAGACUCGACUGUGGCUGCGACUGA